AUGGCCUCUAUACGUCAUGAGCCUCUCGACCGCGAGGACCGCGAGGAUGCCCCGUUCCUCGACUCCGCCGAUUCGAGCAACCCCGGCCCAGCUCAUCGUCAUGUUCAUGGUAAACCAAGUAUAGGCAGCCUCCCAGUGAAGGCCAAUCCCUCCGCCAGCGCCAUUAGUUUUCGCCUCAAGGCGACCCUGUUCGCCAUGGUCCUCGCGGUUGAAAUCGGCUUUGCUUUCUUGGAGGGCCCCAUGGUCCGGAUAAUGGAGUCUAUUGCUUGUCGCCAGUAUUUUCUGGGGGUGGAUCCGACUAAGAUUGGUGCUGACGGACAAGUUCCGGAAGCCAUGUGUAAGAUCGGCGAGGUGCAGGCUGAACUGGCGGCUGUCAAGGGUUACCAUAUGUUCUUUGAUGGAUCACUUAGCGCUCUUUUGGCGAUUCCCUAUGGUCUGCUGGCAGACCGUCGUGGCCGCAAAUCCACACUCGCUUUGUCUCUUCCCGGAUUUGUGUUGAAUUCCAUCCUUACAAUUAUUAUAUUGUGGUUCUCGGAUGUCUUUCCUCUACGUGCGCUUUGGUUUACUGCAUUGACAUGGGUGUUUGGGGGUGGUCCAGUCGUAUCGUUUGCGAUUAUCUGGACUAUGAUGGCUGAUGUAACCAGCGAGGCCGAAAGAGCGGGCAUCUUCUUUCAAUUUGCCAUCGUUUCGAUGGGGGCCGACUUUGCUUCGAGUGCUCUCAGUUCUUAUCUCAUGACCUUGGACCCCUGGAUACCCUUGGUGGCUGGAUUCGCAAUUGUAAUAGCCGGCAUGAUGCUCAUUUUGGUGUUACCCGAAACGAAGCAUGCACUGCCACCCCGGAAAUCUGAACCAACUCAUGUGGAGCUGUCGGAUUUAACAGAUGACCCCGAACAAAAGCGUUCUUUGCACAAUCUGAAUGACCCGGAACCACAUCGCGCAGAGCCUGACAUGAACGGUGACCAUGAGAACGAACCGCCGACUUGGAGUAUUCAAUCAUAUUCCCAUAAAUCUAUUCUGGCAAAAUUCCGCGCAAAUUACCGCUUCUACCUGAGACCCUACCAGUUCAUCCUCAACCGAAAACCAGUGCUCCUCCUUCUCACUGCAUUCCUGGUCUACCGCCUGAGCCGAGGUUCCUCCUGGUUUUUGACCCAGUAUAUAUCGACACGUUAUUCAUGGACACUGGCGCAGUCCAACUUUCUGGUAUCUGCUCGGCCGACCGUGUCAAUCCCGCUGUUCCUCUUCGGCCUACCUUUUCUCAAAAGCAGAUUCCUGAGCCCGCGACUUUCAUCGACAGAAAAAGACCUUUGGCUUGCGCGGAGCAGUAUACUUUGUCUUACGGUUGGAACCCUCGGAAUCGGUCUCUCCCCAACUAUUGCAACCCUGAUCCCCAGCAUGAUCAUCCAGACCUCUGGAUCUGGCUUCGUUUUCCUUGCCCGUUCUAUCAUUACCACUUUAGUUGAACGUGACGAGACCGCUCGCUUAUUUACUGCGAUUGAGAUUAUCCAAUCAUUGGGAAAUGUGGUUGCGAGUUUAUCCAUCACGACCGUCUUCCAGAUUGGACUGCGUCUCGGCGGCGUCUGGAUUGGUCUCGCGUGGAUGAUGACCAGUACGCUCUUCUGUUUAGUCGGGGCAGCCAUCUGGUGUUUUGACCUGCCUCCAAGACCUCCAACACCUGACUUUGUGGUGGAUGAUGAUGAUGGGGAUGACAGCUCGGGCAUUGCACCAUUCCUCCCAAUCCCUGUUGAAGCGCUCGGCCUCCAAGCGCCCCUUCGUAUCUUCCUCUUCUGUUUCCGCCUCCCGCUCUUCGUCUUCGUCACUCUUAGCUAUUUUUUGAUCUUACAAUGGCUUCCUAUUGGAUCGUUGGGCAAAAAGGCUGCUCUAUGGUGUAUCCUUGGAGUUCCCAGCAUCUGGUGGAUUGAUCUCCAAGUGGACGGAGUGCGCAAAGGAUCUCUGAAGCAACAGCAAGCGCGUCUGCCACAGCCCGGUUCGGUCAUCGCCUCUUCCUUCACAUCACCCAUUGAUGCCCUGUACCUGGCAGCUAUCUUCGACCCGAUCUUCACAGCGUCCUACCCGAACACUCGCCAGGUUGAGCGCAUCUCUCUGCUUCAGGCCAUCUUGCGUGCCUUCGCUUUCCCCGCCACGCAGCCGGCCCCUGGUGCCCGGAUGGUGGAUGUGUCGACCUUGGUCGAGCAGUACCCCAACAGGCCGGUUGUGUUGUUCCCAGAGUGUGCCACCACCAACGGUCGUGGAAUCUUGACCCUGAGCAACUCCCUUCUCGGCGUACCUCCCACGACCAAGAUUUUCCCCGUCAGUCUGCGCUAUACGCCGAUGGAUAUAGUAACACCGCUUCCCGGGAGUUAUCUGAGUUUGCUAUGGACGCUUCUUAGCAAGCCGACCCACUGCAUCAGAGUGCGCAUCGCGGAGUGCGUUACCAAUAGCCAAAUCGCCAGUGAUACAACUCGCAAGUCGACCUAUAACACGAAUUACCUGGACACACUGGACCAAAAUCGGCAGGAAGAACAGGUCUCGCCUAGUGAGAAAGCGCUGCUGGACAAUGUGGGAGAGUCGCUUGCCCGUCUGGGUCGGGUCAAGCGGGUUGGCUUGGGGGUUAAAGAGAAGCAAGAAUUUUCCCGAGCAUGGAGUCAGAGCCGUCGGACAUGGUGA